CCUGGAGCGAUUUGGACACCAUCUCCGGUCCCCCCAUCCUGAUCCCCAACUGCCUCGGAGGGUCCCCUUGGAAGCUUCUGCAACCGGGGCUCGCCCGAAGGAACCAGGAGGGGUGCAGGGGCCCCCGGCGGGGCUGAUCGUGGCGCAGAAGAAGAGGGUGGGGUAGGGGGUUCUGCAUGAGCUCCUUAAAGGACAAAGGUAACGGAGCCGGAGAGAACGAGAGCGCGCUCGGGGGCACUUGGACCGGCAGCUCCAGCCGCCUUGGAAGUGCGCGCGCCGCUGCCACAGCCACAGCCACAGCCACAGCCACAGCAGCUCUGCCCGCCGCCCGCAGCUUCUUCCCUUUCCCCGGUUCCGGGGUCCCGGGCGAGGAAGAGGAGGAGGCGACCCCGGCGAGCCGCCGCGCCAGCCUCCCCAGGCUCACCAUGGGCGCCCCGCGCCGCCGGGCGCUGUCCGUGCUGCCCGCCCUGCUGCUGGCACUGGCCCUGCCCGCGUCUCCGGUGAGCGCGCAGAACGACACGGAGCCCAUCGUGCUGGAGGGCAAGUGCCUGGUGGUGUGCGACUCCAACCCGGCCACGGACGCCAAGGGAUCGUCGUCGUCCCCGUUGGGGAUCUCGGUGCGCGCGGCCAACUCAAAGGUGGCUUUCUCCGCCGUGCGCAGCACCAACCAUGAACCCUCGGAGAUGAGCAACAAGACGCGCAUCAUUUAUUUCGACCAGAUCCUAGUAAAUGUGGGCAAUUUUUUCACGCUGGAGUCUGUCUUUGUAGCCCCGAGAAAAGGAAUUUACAGUUUCAGUUUUCAUGUCAUCAAAGUCUACCAGAGCCAGACAAUUCAGGUUAACCUGAUGUUGAAUGGAAAACCAGUCAUAUCUGCCUUUGCGGGGGACAAAGAUGUGACUCGUGAAGCUGCCACAAAUGGAGUCUUGCUCUACCUGGAUAAAGAGGAUAAGGUUUACCUGAAACUGGAGAAAGGUAAUCUGGUUGGCGGCUGGCAGUAUUCCACUUUCUCCGGCUUUCUGGUCUUUCCCUUAUAGGAUGUGAAUUCCCUCCAAUGCUGCUCUUGGUGAUAGGCAGCUUGCCCUUGCAUUGUUGGAGAUCACAUUCUCAUCCUCCGAUCCAUAUCUUUUAUUGAUUUCUCAUGGGUGAACAUGGAUUCUCUUGAAGGAUUCUAGGUCUCUCCACACCCAAGUUUCAUGGAUGAUUUUGGUGUGUGUCCCUUUCCGUAUCUUUGGAAGAAGACUCAUCGUGGAAAGUUCUUAUCAACGCUUCCGUGUAACAAUUACAGCUGUCCGCCAGAUUGAUUCUCCAUUUCAAUUCCUGGGCUGGCUGAAUUCCUUUCAGAGGUGGAAUUUUCUUUCUUUCUUUUUUUCCCCCCAAGACUGGCAACUGGAUCUAAGAAUGAGAAAACUUAAGUUAUGUCUUCAAGCUACAGUUAGUGUGUUUACUGCCAAAGAGCUGUAUAUUGUGUUGCUCUAUUGAUUUCACUUGCUUUCACUCCUUUUGGAGUUCAUUUGUUUUGUUCACUUAUGGUAGCUGGGAAUUUUUUUUUCAGUGACUGGCUUUGUGUUUUCUUACACAUAGGGCAUUGCGUGGUUUCCCACACAUUUACUCUAUCAGAUCACCAACAUGACUUCCUUUAAAAAUAAUAAAAAAAAAAGAAUGCUUCAUAGUUGUAUUUUAAUUACAUAUGUGAGAGAGUCAUAUUUUCCAAAUUAUAUUUUCUAAUAGGAAGAGUAGAUCUUAAAUCUGACAAAGGAAAUGUUGCUUAUUCAAAUUCUAAGUGAUCCACUUCCAAACCUCCAUAAAAUGGUUCUCCUUCAUGGGAAAUCUUGUGUUUUAUUGCCCAAGUUUAAUCCACAUGAUUGGUAAUAACCACUUUAUUUAAAAAAUCUGAAGAGAUUUCCCCCUAGACAUGGAUGGUCACUUUAUUAACUAGAGAAUGGGAUACCCUGGUUUUUAAUUAUACCUAUUUUUCAAAACUUCUAUUGUUUUCAAGUAUCAUCUGGUUUUGCCUUAACUCCUUAAAUUGUAUAUAUUUAUCUGUUUAGCUAAUAUUAAAUCUAAAUAUCCCAUAUCUAAACUUAGUGCAAUAUCUUAUUUUAUCUUUUGUACAAGUCAUAUGAAUUCAUAAAGGUAUUUAUGUCUGUUAUAGAAUAAAAGUUCAUAUAUGUUA